AUGGCUGAGCUGGACAAGCUGGCGAUCCGCGGUGUGCGAUCGUUUGAUCCGCGCGAGAUCCAUAUAAUCCAGUUCUUCAAGCCCCUGACCGUCAUUGUUGGGCACAAUGGGAGUGGCAAGACGACCAUCGUGGAGUGCCUGAAGUAUGCAGCAACGGGCGACCUGCCGCCAAACACCAAAGGUGGAAGUUUUGUGCAUGAUCCUACGCUGGCCGGCGUAGAUACUGUUAAAGCGCAAGUGCGUCUGCGCUUCCGCAACACGAGUGGCUUGCGCAUGAGCUGUGUGCGCAAUCUGCAGGUGUCGAAGAAGAAAGGCGGCGGUGGAAUCACUAUGAAGACGCUCGAGGGUGUGCUAGGCGUCGACGACGAGGCGGCGGACCCGCAGGCUCGGGCGGCCAUCUCUACGCGGUGUGCCGAGCUCGACGCGGAAAUGGCGUCGCUGCUGGGCGUGUCGCGCGCGAUCAUUGAAAGUGUGCUCUUUUGCCACCAGGAGGAAUCCAGCUGGCCCCUAGCUGAGCCAGCGGUCCUCAAGAAGCGCUUCGACGACAUUUUCGAGGUCACUCGCUACACCAAGGCCCUCGAGUCGAUCCGUGCGCUGCGUAAGCAGCGGGCGCAAGACGCGCGUGUGGACGAGGCAGAUCUUCGCGCUCUGCAGCAGGAGAAGGAGCGCGCAGAGAGCGUGCAGGACAAAAUCCGCGUGCUCGAGCGCGCCCUCGCGCAGAAAGGGCAGGACCGCGACGAGCUGGACGAGGCGCUGCGGCUCAAGACCCGCGCGAACGAAGCGCUGUACGCGGAUGCGAUGCGCUUCCGCGAGGUGCUGGGGCAUGCCGAGAGUCUCGAGGAACGCCAUGCUCUGUACAAGGAGCACAGAGAUACCCUACUCGCGCGCACAAAAGUGAUCGACGCGAGUGAUGCCGAGUUGCAGCGCCUGAUCGAGGAGGUACCUGCGCUCCUCGCGUCCCAGCGCGAGCGCCUCGCCCAUGUGCAGUCGCGCCGCGAACAGGCUACGGCAGAGCGAGAUUCUUGCACCGAGCAACACGAGGCCCUGCUCCGCGAGCACGCACGGCUCGAGGCAGCGGCCCAAGCGUUUCAGCACAUGCUCAAUGACGGAGCUGCGACGCUGCGCGAAGCCUCUGCGGACGUUCCUACCCACCCCAGUGCGACGCAGCUUGAGACGGCGGCGCACUCACUCGAUGCGGACCUGCGCACACAGCUCCGCGAACACGAUGCACGACGUGAGCGCGACGUGCAGCAAGCGCGCCUUGAGGAGGGGGAGCGCGAACGUACACUUGCCAGUCUAUCCAAGAAGCACAAUGACUUGCAGGCUCGGCAUGAUCAAAUGCGCGCUACGAAGGACCGGCUGAGUAUGCGCAUCGCUGGGUGUGAGGCCGAUUUGGCUCAGGAGCCGCCCGUCACCGAGGCAGGGGCACUGGAAGCAGCGCAGCAGCGGCGCAAUGCCCUAUCGCAGCAAGUCCCAGACCUCUCGGAGCUAUCGGCUGUGGCAGCUCGGCUCACAUCGCUGCAAGCGGAGCGCGAUACGCUAACGCAGGCCCUGGCGGCCGCGAGCGAGGCAGCCGAGCAACGCGCACAGCGUGCCCAGCUGACCCAGUCGCGCGACGAGAAGCAGCGUCUGCACACCAAGAAGGUCGCGCAAUGGCGCACCGAGUGCUCUGAAAUGCUCGGCACCGUACCGGCUGAUAUGGCCGCGGCGAAGGCAGAGGCGGAGGCGGCGCAUGCAGCGGCGCAGGCGCAGCUCACUUCCGCGGAGGAGGCCAGCCAGCGCGCGGCGGCUGUGUAUGAGGCCCAAGUGCAGCGCGUCCAAGAGAAGGAAGCGGCUCUUGCACGUCUCGACGCAUCCAUUCCCCCGCUACUGGGCGAGUUUACUAGCAGUGACGAAGGACUGCGCACCGCCGACGAGGAGACGCAGGUGCUGCGCGAGUCGCUGGGACUUCUUGAACACGCAGCGGCGCUCUUCGGGCGGAUUCGCGAGCAUGGCCAUACUCGACAUGUGUGCCUUGCCUGUAACCGCGCACUGCCUCCUGAUGCCAUGCCGGCUUUUGAUGCCCACGUCGCCGCAUCGCUGCAGCGCAGCCAGCCGGAGCGCAUCGCCGCUCUGCAGCGCGAUCUCGACGCGUGGACGCGGCAGCAGGCGGAUCUUCGCUCCGCACAGGCGCUCGAGAAGCAGCGUAUCGAUAUGCAAGCCGACUAUCAAGACGCACAGGCGCGUGUCCAUGAGCUAGAGCACGAUCACAUGCAUGCACAGCGUGCGCGGGACGAGGCGCAAGUCGCUGCCGCUGACGCGGAGCGCCGCUUGGAGGCGGCUCGUGCCCUGCAGGACGCGGCGCAGCGGAUCGCCGAACUGGCCCUCGAAGUCGCGUCGAUAGAUCAGCGGCUGCAUGCGCUGCCGGCGGCGGAAUCCACGGAUCUAUCGCCAGCGCGUCUAGAGACGCUGGUACAGGACAUGUAUGAAGCUCAUCGCGAUGCGUGUGUCGCGGCAGAGCGUGAGGUGCAUGCACUCGAGAUGCGUGUGGCGGCGCAGCGACAGCACGCUGCGUCUCGUGAGAGUGCGCAGCAGCGCCUGAUCGAGUACAAGGCAGACAUGACAGAUGUCGCUGCGCAGCAGGCAGCCCUCGCUGCCGAGCUGGCCGAGCUGGCCGGUCCUCUGCGCGAGGCAGAGGAUGCUUUACAGGCGUUCCGGGACGAGCGUCGUGCUGCUGACGCGCGCGAUGGCGAGACACGUCAUACCCUCUCGCAGCGCCUCGCCAUGGCCAGUGGGGUCCUGGGUCGUGUGCGCUCAGCGGCGCGCGAGCACGACGAAAAGGCACUGGAGCGCUGUGCGGCGCGCCUCGGGGCCGCUUCGGAGGCGCUGCGUCAUGCACGCGCGUGCGCGGAGCAGGCUGACAAGGACGUGUACCUUCUUGAGAGUGAUAUGCGCGAUACACAGGCGCGAUCUGCGAGUCUCGCAGACAACCGGCGGUACCGCGAGGUGGUGCGGGAUCUCGAGGCGGUGGAGCGCGAGCUGGCCACGCUGGACCUGGACGCGGCGCACGCGCGGCACAAGCAAGCUGCUGCGGCGUACGAGUCGGCUCGGCGAGCAGAGCAGGAGUUGAGUGGGUCUGCUGCGCAUGUGCGUGGCGAAAUCCAGGGUAUCGAGGCGGAGCUGGCGCGACGGCGUGCAGAGCUGCGGGACGAGUUCAAGGACGUGUCAGAGCGAUAUGUGGCGCAGCUAGUGCACAUCAAGGUGGCGACGAUGGCAAACCACGACCUGGACACGUACUGUGGCGCGCUGCAGCAGGCGAUCCUGCAGUACCACAGCAUCAAGAUGGAAGAAGUGAAUCAAACAUUGGAUUAUCUAUGGAAGAAAACGUAUCAAGGCACUGAUAUCGAUACCAUUCUCGUGCGCUCGGACACCGAGGGACGCGUUUCAUCGAAUGGCUUGCGCUCGUACCAGUACCGUGUAUGUAUGGUCAAGGAUGGUGUGGAACUUGAUAUGCGAGGCCGGUGUAGUGCGGGGCAAAAGGUCCUAGCGUGUAUUCUGAUCCGCCUCGCACUUGCAGACUCGUUCGGAGCGCAGUGUGGUUUCCUGGCACUGGACGAGCCCACCACCAACCUGGAUCGGGAAAAUGUCGAGGCCCUGGCGGCGAGUCUUCCUUAUUGCUGA